UAUUCCUGUUUGUGGGAAAAGGAUUUUACUAUCUUUUCACUGUUUUGUUCCAUCUUUAUUAGUGUAAUCUUGUUUGAUAUGCUUAAUUGUUAUUACUUUUUUUUUACAUUAUUUAUAUAGCUUACGUUUAGACAGUAAUUUGACAUAUGCAUUCAGUUUUAUAACCAGGUUCACAUCCAUUAUUUAGCCUUGUCCCGAUGUUGAUGGUUUUGGCGUACAUUAAGCCUUACAUAUUAGUGACUUCUCUGAAUUUUACGUAUUAUGUGUUUGGAAUAUAACUUUAGUUUUUUUUUUUUUAAAUCUGUUCUGUGCCCAUGCAUAUCUGAGACUGCCUGUUUUGGCUUUCAGACAUGACAGGCAACUUGUUUGGGUAUAAAAAUCUUUGGGAAAACCUUUUCUUUGGUUACCUAUAGGUGUUCAUGCUCCAUGGUCUCCUGGCAUUUAAUGUUACUAUGGGAAAUCUGGGCUAAUCUUAAUUAUUGCCACUCCUCCCGGUAUGUUUCCAUGCUCUUUCAUCAUUGUCGUUAAGCUGUCCUUUGCAGGAUGGGUCCGAAUAUAGGUUUCUUCUCUGAUUUUGCCUGAAUUUGAUGUGCCCUUGUAAUCUCUAUAGUCAGGUUUUUCUGAUGGUUGAUUUUUAUUCUAUAUGUUUCAUAGUAUAUCUUUGAUUGAUUCUGUUCUGUUUUUUUAAAACAGUUUUAUUGACAUAUAAUUCACAUGCUAUAAAGUUUAUCCAUUUAAAGUGUACAAUUCAAUGGCUUUUAGUAGGUUCACAGACUUGUGCAACCAUCAUCACAAUCUAAUCUAAACGUUUCCAUCAUCCCACAAAGCAGUCACUCCCCGUUCUGCCUAUGAUUCCCGCCCUAGCCCCAGGCAACCACUAACCUACUUUCUGUGUCUAUAGAUUUGCCUAUUCUGGACAUUUCAUAUAAAUGGGAUCAUACAGUAUGUGACAUUUGUGACUGGCUUCUUUGUUCUUUUUGUUUUUAAGUCCUAAUAAGAAGCACUGAUUGAUUAUUCAUGUCUUGGCUUUGCUCUUUCUCCUCCAUAGCUCCUCAUCUCUUGAUUUUUUCCCUUUCUGCACUUUUCCUUGUGUCUAAGAGUUCCUCAAGCCUGUUCUCUACCUCUGUUUCCGUCUUGUACGAUUUCACUUCUCUUUAUCGCUUCAGAGUUAAUUCUGCAUUUUUAGUUUCUUUACGGUUCUUCCCCAUCCGAGCCUUUGUCUUUUGAUCUCAGUCCAGUUUCCUCCUAUGACUGUUUAUUCCUGCUUCUCUCUCUCUCUCUCUCUUUUUUUUUUAAUACUAGUUGUUUUUUGAGAAUGUCUUUUGGCUCCUGCAGUAGAUCCUCUGUGAGGUUAGAGUCUUCUGCAGAAUAUCCUGAAUAUAAUUCCUGGUGUAUAGGAUGCAGAAACUGUAGUGUUUUUCUAUAGGUCACAGGCUGAUUUUGCCUCUUGGUUCGCCCCGGAGCAAGGGCCACUUGGUCUAACUAGGCAUGUUGCACCUGAUGGAUUUGUUGUGUCACAUGUAGACCUGUGUUCUGGGCACUCAUGGUGGUGAAUCUCCUGCCUCUGAGCAGUUGGAUAGUUGACUGUCAGCCUUCUCUGCAGGUUCUAUGAGGGCUUCUACUCCAGUCCAGUAGCCUCUUCCUCCUCUGCCCUCUCCUGAGCUCUCUAAGAUUAUUCAUGAAUAAAUAAUGCUUGCAGCUGCUUUUCCCUGGGGGUUUUCCUGGUUCCUCACUUGCCUUUAUCUUGUGGACUACAUUUUCCAAAAUGUACUUUGCUGCUGCUAGGUACUCUUUCUGCCUGGCCGAUUGUCUGAGCCUUGUGGUCCCUGUCUGGGUUUGGGAAGUGCAUUCUGGUGUUGGGGAGAUGGAGGCAGGUGUGUGCCCUCUGAGAGCACAUCCCAAGGGGCAGAGGGUGCCCACUGUCCAUGUUUCCAGCAGGACCUGACCCCAAGCCAGGUCUAGGAAGGAAGUCUAGCUACAGGUGUGGCUCCUCUGUUACCGAUAUUUGCAGCUCCCACCUCCUGGUCUUGAAUCAGCUAGAUGGCAACCAAGAACUACCACCACCUUCUGGUCUUCGAUUGUCAGUCUGUGCUUGUCUUUUUUGUGUCUUCAUGGGCACUUCGGUUCAGUGAGGCCUCUGCAGCUGGGACUUGCCACCAGAUGCCGGCCCACCAGAUGCCAUUGGAACUGGACUCAAGUAGUUUCCCCUGCAACAGUACAGCUGUUUGUUGGCAUUGCCUACUGUUUAAUGAGGAUCAUACCCUGAGAUUUAUUUUUGAUCUCUGAAGUUCUUUGAGCUUUGAAAACAGCUGUCUUUGGGCCCCCGAUUGGGGAAAUGAAAAAUUACCAGGGAAUAAAACUAAUCCUCCUUUUCACCGAGCUGGGAGCAGUGUGGGUGGACUUGUUUGUUUGAACUGAAGGGUUUGGAAAGAUAGGUUUUAAUUUUGCUUAUUUGUGUGCAUAUGAAAAAUGUAAUCCCAGCAUCCGUUUGGUUUCUACAGCAGAAUAUCCAGCCUGCCAUGUGGAAACCUGCUGCAUAUUGACAUAAAGAAGCCGACUGUAACAGGCAUGCAGUAACUGUUAGUAACCAGGUGGUGGCUGUUGUGUAAUGCCAAUAGCAUUUCUGAUUAGUUAGAGCAGUUAUACAAUUUUGGCAAGCCUAUGUGGGUUAUAAAAGCCGAAAUUCCUUCAGCACCUGAAGGUGUCUCAUGCCAACCACCAGGACGAUCACAGCGUUGUACAGACACCAGCACAGAAUUGGUGGCUGGGCCACUGAUUAAAGGACAUUUUUCUGGAGAGAGUGAGGUUUUACUGUGAAGGUCCAGGAAAAGCUUUGCAAUUACUACUUGGAUCACAGCGUCCCCUCCUCAGAUAAUUGCAGUGCAGUCUGGGCAAACCAGCUAUUCAGCCAUCAGGUGCUAAGCGAUGGCGCUUGUGGGGCUCAGCCUGGCCUGAAAAUCAAGUGCCCCCGGCACUGGAAGAGCCGACCCUGACUCCUGGGCUCCUCGCUUGAAUAGGCCUUCACUUCCAGCCACCCCAGUCCAACGGCUGUGCAAAACCAGUUCUUUUCUCUUAAUGAUGGGUGUUGGUAAGAACACGACAUCCAAGUCGAUGGAGGCUGGAAGUUCAACAGAAGGCAAAUAUGAAGAUGAAGCGAAGCACCCUACUUUCUUUACUCUUCCGGUGGUGAUAAAUGGAGGUGCCACAUCCAGCGGUGAACAGGACAAUGAAGACACCGAGCUCAUGGCAAUCUACACUACAGAAAAUGGCAUCGCAGAAAAGAGCUCUCUCGCAGAGACCCUGGACAGCACUGGCAGUUUAGACCCCCAGAGAUCGGACAUGAUUUACACCAUAGAAGAUGUUCCUCCCUGGUACUUGUGUAUAUUCCUGGGGUUACAGCACUACUUGACCUGCUUCAGUGGCACAAUCGCGGUGCCUUUCCUGCUGGCUGAUGCCAUGUGUGUGGGGUAUGACCAGUGGGCCACCAGCCAGCUCAUCGGGACCAUCUUCUUCUGCGUGGGAAUCACAACCUUGUUACAGACAACAUUUGGAUGCAGGUUACCCCUGUUUCAGGCCAGUGCUUUUGCAUUUUUGGCCCCUGCUCGAGCCAUCCUGUCUUUAGAUAAAUGGAAAUGUAACACCACAGAUAUUUCAGUUGCCAACGGAACAACGGAACUGUUACACACAGAGCACGUGUGGUAUCCACGGAUACGAGAGAUCCAAGGGGCCAUCAUCAUGUCCUCACUGAUAGAGGUGGUCAUCGGCUUCCUAGGCCUGCCUGGGGCUCUGCUGAAGUACAUCGGGCCGCUGACCAUCACGCCCACGGUAGCCCUCAUUGGCCUCUCGGGGUUCCAGGCAGCAGGAGAGCGAGCGGGAAAGCACUGGGGCAUUGCCAUGCUGACAAUUUUCCUAGUAUUACUGUUUUCUCAGUAUGCCAGAAAUGUUAAAUUCCCUCUCCCCAUCUACAAAUCCAAGAAAGGAUGGACCGCAUACAAGUUACAGCUUUUCAAAAUGUUCCCUAUAAUCCUGGCCAUCCUCGUGUCUUGGCUGCUCUGCUUCAUCUUCACGGUGACGGAUGUCUUCCCUCCUGACAGCACAAAGUACGGCUUCUACGCUCGCACGGACGCCAGGCAGGGCGUGCUUCUGGUAGCCCCAUGGUUCAAGGUCCCAUACCCAUUUCAGUGGGGCCUGCCCACCGUCUCUGCCGCUGGCGUCAUUGGCAUGCUCAGCGCGGUCGUCGCCAGCAUCAUCGAGUCUAUCGGUGACUACUACGCCUGCGCGCGGCUGUCCUGUGCCCCGCCGCCUCCCAUCCAUGCCAUAAACAGGGGGAUUUUCGUGGAGGGCCUCUCCUGUGUUCUUGAUGGCGUAUUUGGUACUGGGAAUGGCUCAACUUCAUCCAGUCCCAACAUUGGAGUGUUGGGAAUUACUAAGGUUGGCAGUCGCCGGGUGAUACAGUACGGGGCGGCCCUGAUGCUGGCACUGGGCAUGGUGGGGAAGUUCAGCGCCCUCUUUGCGUCCCUUCCUGAUCCUGUGCUUGGCGCCCUCUUCUGCACUCUCUUUGGGAUGAUCACAGCUGUCGGACUCUCUAACCUGCAGUUCAUUGAUUUAAAUUCUUCUCGGAACCUCUUUGUGCUUGGAUUUUCAAUCUUCUUUGGACUCGUCCUUCCAAGUUACCUCAGACAGAACCCUCUCGUCACAGGGAUAACAGGAAUUGAUCAAGUGUUGAACGUUCUUCUCACAACUGCCAUGUUUGUAGGAGGCUGUGUGGCUUUUAUUUUGGAUAAUACCAUCCCAGGUACUCCAGAGGAAAGAGGAAUCAGGAAAUGGAAGAAGGGCGUAGGCAAAGGGAACAAGUCGCUUGAUGGCAUGGAGUCGUACGAUUUGCCAUUUGGCAUGAACAUUAUUAAAAAAUACCGAUGCUUCAGCUAUUUGCCCAUCAGCCCAACCUUUGUGGGCUACACUUGGAAAGGCCUCAGGAAGAGCGGGAACAGCCGGAAUUCAGACGAAGACUCGCAGGCCACGGUAUAGCCUCAGAGUGCUCAGUGGCCGGCCACAGUGAGGCAUGUCUGUGUAGUUCCUUGCUGAGCAACAAGCAGUAGAAUAUAUGUUUGCGUAUCUGCAUUUAC